UUUAUCAGUUAUUUCACCAUUAUUUCUCAAGUUAGAAAGAAACUGUUGGCUCACCGACAAUUUUUUUCUUAGUACACCAUUUAAACACAGCUUUUUUAAGUCCUGUCAGAUAAAGUUGAAUUUGCUCCUGAGGUUACAGAGUCCCAACCAUGAGUCUGUCUAAUGUGUUCAUUUUGAUGAUCGUCAUUCCUCAAAUUCUUGUUCAGUCGGUGAGAGGAAAGGACUGUGUGUGCGAUCUAAAAAACACUGAUCCUGCUUUCCCUAAAAGCAAAUUUAAGAGAGUAGAGACCAUCGCCUUACAAUGCACUGCGACCAUCACUUCAGAAAAGAUGUUAGAGAAUGACAGACGACUUCUGGGUCUACAACAGCGUAUCAAGCAGCUAGAGGACUAUGUGGGCAUACUGGAAAAAGAGGAUGAUAAAAAUUUGUACGGGGCCGUGUCUCUCCGGAUCAUUGAGCUGGAGUAUGCCGAGAUUCUAAGUCUCCUGGACAAACUUAACAAAACCACCUUCAACUCUCAGCAUCUCAAUGUACAGACUGUAGCAGACCUUCAGGACAUGAAGGACACGAUGGAAGAGCUAGAAAGGUUUGACAGCAUGCAGGUGAUGAAGAAAGAACGUCAGAACCGCAGUAUCAAGAAGGACCUUGAGAAGUGCAGAGAAGACAAAGCUCCACCACCAGCCCCAACACUUCCCCCGGUUAAGGGUCGAUGUGGUCUGGGUCAGAUUGUCAGUGUGAAGGGACCUAAAACGUAUUCCCUUACGGUAUAUUCAACCUCCUACACCUAUGGCGCUUGGGGCAAGGAUGCGAACCCUGCUCCAGGAGAUGAGAAUAAAUACUGGCUGAUGGUGCUGUAUACUAGUAAUAUGUAUGGCAACUUUAUCCGCCAGUACAAUAGCUUGAGCACUAUGUUAUUAGGCAUUGGACAUACCGAUGUAUAUAUUGCAAGCUCUAAUCCCACAACUAACACAGUUCAGGGGCCAAACAUGGUGAUGUAUGGAAAUGCGCUCUAUUAUAACUGUUAUAAUACAUAUUCCGUCUGUCGGUUUAAUAUGACGGCUCGCACGGUUAGUAACGUGGCACUGCCAAAAGAUACAGGUUAUAACAGCAAGUUUCCGUUCGGAUAUCUCGCAGCAGCAUACAGCUAUACAGAUUUAGAUUUUGUCACAGAUGAAUUUGGCGUGUACGUUAUAUAUGCAACGACAAGCAAUUUCGGGAAUGUAGUCAUCAGUAAAGUUGAGACCAGCACUCCGCCCGUUCUGGGCCAAACUUGGUCAACUUCACUGCACAAAAAAACUGUCACAAAUACUUUCAUGGUAUGCGGUGUGCUGUACGCCACCAGGUUUAUAGACAAUGACAAAGAGGAGAUCUUUUAUUCAUUUGACACCAAAACCAACACAGAGCGCUACGAUUUGAAAAUUAAUAUCAAAAAGAUGCAAGCCAAUAUUAAAUAUCUCAACUACGACCCCAGAGAUCAUUUGCUGUACGUGUACAGUGAUGCCUACAUUCUAACAUAUGAGAUCGUGUUUAACUAAUUUAAACUGGAUUAUGGCUGUAUUCCACUUUAGGACUACAGGCCACAACCUUAUACGCUGUGGAAGGAGCAGAUGUUCUCUUUGUGCUUUUCAGCUACUAAUACUCUGGAAAAUUUAAAGGAAUUAUCUACCCAAAAAUGAAAAUUGUCAUCAUUUACUCACUCUCAUGCCACCCCAAAAGGAUUUUACUUCCUGUCAGGGAUGGCAUGAGGGUAAAUAAAUUAAGAGACCAUUUUCAUUUUGAGGCACC